GUCCGCCCACAAAAGCCACAGCUAUCUACCCGUAUCUCCCUAAAUCAAUUGUGCAAGAAUAAAAACGGAAUAGGCGUAAAAUACAGACACUGGUGACGGUUUGUUUUCUGUGCAUGACGGAAGGCGACGCGGCGUCCCUCGCUCAUGCGGCGAGAGAAACGGUGGCGACAAGCCGAGCAGCGGAGAGGGUGUUGUCCUGAUGCUUAAAUGGAAGUGGGUGGGCCUCUACGGUCACACAUUGCCAACUCCGCCGUGGAUAUAAUUCUACGAAGCGAAAAUUUGCUUGUUUAUGGACUCUCCAUCCAGUAAAAGGGAUACGCGACGGGCUGCGAGGGGCCGACGGGCCGCGGACGGAUACGAAGUUUCCCGUUAUUUCCGUUAUUUUGCUGCCUGAUUGUGCCUGCGCUUGGCACCGCCCUUCCUGGCCGGUGGGUGGUUUCGUCAAAACGGGCAGAUCCGCCACGGCCCAGCGCCGAAAAUAUAGGCCGUCCUCCGUCUCUGUACCCGGCCGGCCUUCUACCGUGAACUACACCCUCUCUCUCUCGGUAUAUUAAUGCGUUAUGAGUGACUCGAAGAAGGAAUCAUCGGGAACUGAAGGAGGGAAAGCAUCUAAAAAGGGGAAAAGUUCUGGAUCACAGGAUUCCUCCCAGCCCUCUCCGUUGGCUCUCCUAGCAGCCACCUGCAGUAAGAUUGGAGGGCAGGGGGGAGUGGAGGGGGCUCAGGCUCAGGCGGGGGCCCAGCAGAUCCAGGUCCAAGCGGGUCAGAUCCAGCUCCAGGCAGGUCAGCUCCAGGGUCAGAUAGUGGUGGACACAGCUGGGGGUCAGGCCCUGGUGCCCCAGCAGCUGGAGCUGGUCCCGGCUCAGUUCACAGGGAACGGCUGGCAGAUCAUUACAGCGGCGCCUACUAUGGCCAAAGAAAACACCAAUCAGCCUGUAACGGUGGCCACGACUGUGGCCAAUGACAGCUCGCCCGGCGGACGCAAGGUGAAGCCGGUAGGUGGGUCCAACAGCAUAGCAGCCAAUCAGCAGCAGCAGCAGCAGCAGUUCCAGAUUAUCCAGGUGCAAAACCUGCCCAGCGCAGGGGGCGGGGUCCAGUACCAGGUUAUUCCCCACCUGCAGACUGCAGAUGGCCAGCAGAUCCACAUCAGCCCAGCCCAGACAGCCUCCAUCGGGGGGCUGCCAGAGCAGGUGCAACUUAUCCAGACGCAGAGUCCGGGCCAGACGCAGGCCAUCCUCCAACCAGCGAACCAGCAGACCAUCCUGACCAGCUCAGCCAAUCAGAGCGUCCCGCUGCAGAUCCGCCCCGCUCAGUCCUUCCCUCUGCAGCUGCAGACCCUGCAGGGCUCCCAGACUCCCGUUAUGACCACAGUACCCAUAAACCUUGGAGGCAUGACUCUGGCUUUGCCUGUGAUCAAUAACGUUGGAGGGGGAGGGGCUGUGCAGCUUAUCCAGUCAGCUGAUGGCACAUUCUCUGUUGCCAAUGGCAACCAGCUGGUGACAACAGCGGUGUCGGGAGCUGCUCCUGUUACAGGGUCAAGUGGUACCACAACCACUAUUGCUGGGAGUGACGGCGUAUCUGAUGGGACACAAGUGGUUUCUGCUGGAUCAGAGGCAGGGGCAGUUGACAGCCAGGCCCAGAGCAGCGAGGCGGACUCUCAGAGCCAGAACCAGGCCAAUGGGCUACAGAACCAGACAGAUCCAGCAGGGACCAUCCAACAGGUCAUUGUUGGCCAAGUGGGGCACCAGGUGGUGCAGCAGAUCCAGCUGCAGCCCCAGGCUCAAACUCAGGGCCAGGCCCAGGGCCAGCAGCAGGCCCAGCACAUCCAAACCCUGCAGCUUGCCCCAGGACAGACCCUGCAGCCCAUCCAGGCCUUCCAGAACCCAGCCCAGGUCCUCAUCCGCACCCCCACUCUUUCCCCCUCGGGGCAGAUCACCUGGCAGACGCUGCAGCUACCUGGAGGAGUCUCCCUACAGGGCGGUCUUGGGGCGGCCAUGCCCCAGCAGUUAACGUUGGCCCCGGUGGCCGGCGGGACGGCAGUGGGGAGUGGAGGGCUGGUCUCCCUUGGUGGAGCUCCCUUGACGCUGAGCGCAGCUCAGAUCAACCCAGGGUCUGGGGUGCAGACAGUCAGCAUUGCAGGGCUGGGUACCACGGGGGUCCAGGUGCAGGGUGUGCCCCUCACCAUCACUGGUCUACAGGGUCAACCACAGGGUCAGGAGGGGGUAAAAGUUCAGUCAUCUCCGGUGACAGUCACCGUGGGAAACGUGGCACCAGGCUCAUCAAUGAGUCCAGACCCACUGGGCUCUGUCCAGAGUUCCUCGGACCAGGAAGGACCACCAAACAAAAGGCUUCGUCGUGUCGCCUGCUCCUGCCCUAACUGCAGGGAUGGAGAGGGAAGGAACAGUGGAGACCCCUCCAAGAAGAAGCAGCACAUUUGCCACAUGGAGGGCUGUGGGAAGGUCUAUGGGAAGACGUCCCACCUGAGGGCACACCUGCGCUGGCACACUGGGGAGAGGCCCUUCGUCUGUAACUGGAUCUUCUGUGGCAAGAGGUUCACCAGGAGCGACGAGCUGCAGAGACACCGGAGAACACACACAGGAGAGAAGCGUUUCGAGUGUCCUGAAUGCUCCAAGCGGUUCAUGCGAAGCGACCACCUCUCCAAGCACAUCAAGACCCACCAGAACAAGAAGGGCGGAGCCUCAGUGGCAAUCAUCACCACCGACGACAUGGAGGAAGACGUCCAAGAAGGUCUGGGUGCCUCCCCUCGGAUCGUCACCGUGGCAACCCUCUCCCGUGACUCUGACCCGGCUACGCCCACCACCUCCAAUCACCUGGAGGAAGAGGAGGAGGAAGAGGAGGAGUUUGAAUAGGCAACCAAUUCCUGUUUUUUUUGCAGAAGGCUGGCUUCCUGUUUCUUUGGAGGUCUGUUCGGUGACAGUGGUGGUGGCUGUUUUUUUUUUUUUCUUUUUUUUUUUUAUGUAACCAUCAUUUAAAGAGUUUUGUCGUUCUCUCAUGAACAUGGACUCAUAAGAGACAAGAUCAUGUGAUGAACAGAAACCGAAAAAUAUAAACGUCACAAUCUAAAAAAAAACAAAAAACUAACAUAUAAUAACAACAAAAAUCUAGCCUAAGCUUAUGAAAGAUUAGUUUGGCAUUUAUGAAAUGAAGCGAGAUCUAUAAUAAUUCCAUGCGGGAGGGGGAUUGGAAUGUAAGUAGUACUUGGAUUAGCACAAGACGGGGAACCUGCUGGAUCUAAAAUCAACCAACAUGAAGAGACAUUUCUUUAAGUGGAACAGAAUCUAUCUCUAUGCACAAAGUUGUGUUCCUGUUUGGUACAGUUUUGGACGGCGCUGAUGGUCAAUUAUGAUGCAGGAAUGCUGCAGACAGGUGACGGAGCAGGGGCAGUGUGGGGAAGGUGUGUGUGCCUGUGUGUGUGUGUGCAUAUAAUCAGGGGUGCAACCUUGUUACCUUUUGGUGAAAAUCACCCUUUCGAAUCCAGUAUAGGUCAGUUGUUUGAUUUGUGUGAUUUAGAUUCAAUGAGAUUUUGAAAGAGUGUGUGUGUGUGUGUGUGUGUGUGUGUGCGCGCGCAUUGUGGAAGGAGGGGUGGGGCAAUGCCUUCUGAAUUGUUAAAAAAAAAAAAAAGUUCCUGGCUUUUGUGCUUGGCAUGUGCACCACACCUGAGAGCGGGGUUCACAUCCUGGUCCCAUUUUUCAGCCCUCAUGACUUUGCACCCCUGGUAAUAUGAGACUGAGCGUGUGUGUGUGAGAGUGUGUUUGUAUUCCCUCGCUGUCAGUUGAGCGGAUCAGACUAAUUGGAGCAGUUCAAGGUUCAGGUUCAGUCCUCGGAUCAGAUUCAGGUGUUGAUGUUUUCUUUGAGACCAGUCAACAGAUAAACUGUUAUUUAAGAAAGAAAAGAGGGGAUAAUUCUAAAAGAAAAAAAA